AUGGCACUCAGAACACUCCCUCUGGAGAUAUACGCCCGAACAAUCUUCCAUGUCUCCUCAAUUCGCGCCCUAUCCGCCGUAUCGCAAACGUCUCGCGCAAUGCACUCCCUCUGCGACAUGAAAAACCGCGAAAGAUUUCACCGGAUUUGCAUCGACGAAGCCAGAAUUGAGAAGACAUUCAAUCUUUUAAUGGAGAUACUUAAACAGCGCAGUUUGGGAAAAUACGUGCGCAAAAUUGAACACCGUUACCGGAGACCCUAUCAGGUACCUGCGUAUACAGAGGCGAAGGAGCAGCGCAGCCUCAGCGCAGAGGAAAUGGAUCUUCUUCGGAGCGCGGUCCAGAAAGCGGGAUUUAGUGGCACUCAAGAAAGCGCUGUGAUUAAUAUGCUGAUGCAGAAGGAUACCAGUGGUAGAGAUGGUGAGUUAGGGGAUGUUGGAAAUCGUAUCAGACUUAGCAGAAUUUACCCCAGUGUAAUCAUGGGAACAUUCAUUACGCAAGCAUUAACGGCAAUGCUUAUCUCUGUUUCGCCUAAUCUGGAGGCGUUGACAAUGACACAGCCUUUCGAGUCAUACGACAGUUUCAACUAUGAACCCGAGAAGAAUCCUCGGGAAUCAUUCACCGACUUCCCUAUUGACAGAAUUCUGCGUCGAGCGAACACAGACCCGACCAGUGUUCCGUAUCUUCAGAAUCUUCGCAAAGUCUACAUCAUAGUCGACGAAGUAAUCAUGGGUGGAGAUGAUCGAUCCUACGUCGGUCUCGAGUUCUUCGACUGUAUAAAGCUCAUUGAUAACCUCCCAUCCAUUGAAUCAAUAGGCACUGACGCCCUUAUCGAAGACGAAAAUGAUGUUGCAACUCUGCUCCCUACAUCAUCGAAUAUAAGUCGAGUCUAUUUGAACCACUGUGCGCUUAACACGCCUUAUCUUGCGUAUAUUAUUCAAUCUUGCAAGGUUUUGAAGGAAUUCCAGUACACUAUUGGUGGCCGCGACGUACUAGAUGGACACUUUUGUCCGCUUAAUCCCAAAACCUUCAUUAAGGCUAUCUCUCCUCAUAAAGAUACUUUGGAAGUUCUGGACAUCGACGCUGAGGCAAAUAUACAUGACUUAUCAUAUUAUUAUGAUGAUGACUUUGCUCGUGCUGAUAAAAGAUUUGACGAAGUGCUAGAUCCCUACCUCGCAGAGGACGACGGAAUUCUACUCCAACAAGAACAGUUCGUCCAGUCUUUCUUGGGAAAUUCAGGUUGUUUGAAGGACUUCCAUGCCUUGAAGCGAGUUAGUCUUGGAGUUGGAUUCUUGUUAUAUUUUGCUAGAGGAGUUGGAGGCAGUUAUGAGACAAGAGAUCCAGCUACAUUCAAGUUGGUGGAAUGUUUACCUGAGGGGUUGGAGUAUCUUUGUAUAAGGGGAUAUAAAAAGGGACGGAUUGAGAAAUGGGAUGAGCAGAUUGAUAGCCUGAUGACCUUUUGGCAGUCGGGGAAGUCGAAUAUUAAGGAGAUUACGGGUGUUGAAGAGGAGAUUCUUAAUGCGAAAGAUUUGGAUGAUAUUGAUAACCAGGAGCACUUAGUGUGGGUGUUGCAGGAGGAUACACACGUGCUCUGA